AUGGAUGGGCAACAUGUAAGCAAUGCUGCCAGGCCUAGCAAUCCAGAUUUGGAAAUGUUUCAAGCCAGUGGUGGUUUGCAAAGUACAGAAGGUGUCACUCCACUUAAUCAAACCAACUCUUUGGAGGAACAAACCCCAGAUAGUUCAGAUGAUUUUGAUUCUACUGUUAAAUCUGAUUCUCAGACAGCUUCUCCAUCAAGUGGGUCAACUUCAAGUUCACUGAAUUCAACUUCAGUUUCCCAAACACUGAGUCCACAUCCCCAAUCAUCAUCACCAUUAACAUCUAUAUCUCCCUCAACUGUUUCUAAUAGUGCAUCACCAUUAACAACUUCUGUAGCACUGACCCAUAAUAUUCCUUCUACUAUGUCAAAUUCAUUAUCGAUGAAUUUUUCUGAUCAUUCUCUUUCAAAUUACACACAUGAAAUUACUCAUACAACAUCAGCCGGAUCAACAUCAACUUCCAGCUCUACAAAUCACACUUUAUCUUCACAAACAAUGAAUUCAAUUCCACAAUCUACUGUAUCAUCAACAAAUGUCAAUAACAUAUCAUUGCCAUCUAUGGCAAAUUCUAUGGCAUUGACACAUGAAAUCCCUUCAGCUCAAACUUCUUCUUUAGGAAUGAAUUAUACUGAUCAUUCACUUCCAAAUUAUGCUCAUUCUGAUGGAAUGUCUAAUUUUAAUCAGUCUCACACUCAGCAAGCAAUGUCUUCAUCAUAUUUAUCUAACACUGGUACUCCUUAUAAUCAAGUCCCUCUUCCAGGACAUUACAACUGGACCUAA